AUGUCGACGAUUGACGGCGCAGUGGUGGCAGAGGAGUCGCUCGCGACCUCACCACAUCCACAUCCCAUUCAAUCAUCGUCAUCAUCACCAUCAGGACCAGGACCCAGCAGCCGGCGAAUGAAGGGCUUCCUCAAGCGCUCUAAACCGACUUCCCCUGUCGAUAAUCCCAGGCUCAAGGGAAUCCUCGCUGAUAGCUCAAAGCCUAGCGCGCCGCAACCUCAUGUCCGCACCGUGUCGCACAAUGUGGACCCUGCCAUCGUCUCGUCGUCGCCUGCCAGCCGUUCCGCCGUCCACCUCGCGACUGCGACUGGAUUGCAUGAGGAAAUCGAAAUCCAGGACGCUUCGCCCUCGACGUCUCCAUCCAAGGUCAAGAAGAAGAGGAGCUUUUCGAAACCGCAGUCCGACGACAAGGCUUCCCGAUGGCUUACCCCAAACCUCAUGAAGGGUUCCCUUUCGACUAGCGCGUUGGCCCUCUUCCCCAACAGCUCCUCCACUCCCGACCCAUUGCCGCCGCCGCCCAAAGCCGCCGAUGACGCCGAGGUUCGCAAGCGCAAGAGCGGACGGCAUUCGCUCGCUGCCCUCUUCCAGCCAAAGCACAGAGUAGCCUCGGCGCCAGUGGUUGCCGCCCACACCCCGCCGCCGGUCGAAGCGGCUAUCGAUGACAAACAAAUCGUCAUGCCCAUCUCGCUCGACUCGCCCGUCAAGCCCCAGACGUUGCCCAAGUCUCUCUCCAGCCCACCCAGACUCUCGCAGCCUUCGUUUGAGAGCCAACCUCACCGUGUGACAAACUUGGAGACAUCGUCGUCGCCCAAUCUGCGCAUCUCGGCUCGGCAACCGCCUUCGCUUAGCCAGCUGCGGCAACCACCGUCAGCAAUCCCCCAGCUUGCGCGCCCAUCCUCCCACUCUCAACUACGAACGCGGACCCGUGCUCCCUCAUACACGACUGGCACACCGCGCGGCACCAUCGUCUCCACUGGCCCGCCGAGCACGAGCUCACUGUCACACAUGUCACCACUGGGGUCGUCGGUCAACCUGUCGCGAACCAGCUUGAGCCUGUCACAGACGUCAUUGCUGCUCCCAAGCGAGCCUCGUGAUCAGCUUCUAUCCAAGGACCACUACCACCUGCGCUUCGCGACCACCUACAUCAACAUGCUCAUCACUCCAGCGCUUCGUAACGCCACGUUCUCCAAGUCGGAUCGCAACCUGGAAAUUAAGCAUAUUACCGAGGAUCGCCUCGGCAUGCUCGCACGGAUGGAGCGCACCUGGGGUGGGUCCUGGGCAGAGGCUGCCAACGACCUCAUGAGCGGAAACACGUCUGGUGUCACGCCAGAGGUCAGGGAGGCCAAACUCAGAGCUUGUAACAUCACAGCAACAGCAAAGUCACGCGAACGCAAGGUGUUUGUGACAGCCCUGCGAGACGGGAUCCUGUUUUGUUUCUUGUUUAACCGCCUCUUCCCAUCACAGCCGGCUCACAUUCAACGUGUCAAGGUCCCCAAGGACGAGGUUCGCAUCGCAGCCAACUUUGACCGCUUCCUUGCAGCGUGCCGCGAGAUGGGCGUGCCAGAGAGCGAGCUGUUUACACUGGCCAACCUCGACGAGCACUCGCCACAUGGUCUCGCCAAGGUCUCCAAGACGAUUCUCGUCUUGGCUCAGAUGGCCGUCCCAGUGUCCUCCCCAACAACCUCGACGUCUUCGGGGCCCAAGCAUCGCGCAUCAGCAUCGCGCCUGGCACAGACUCCAGCAUCGGGCGAAGCUACAGCAGUUGCAACACCCACCGCUCCCACUCCGUCGUCUCCCGGACAGAGUCCCCCCCCGCGAGCCUCUCCCGGGUCGACACGCGUCUAUGGAGCGGCGACAAUGAACUCUCGCUCUGUCCUGGAACGGCCCUUGCGCAGUAGCUCGAGCGAUCUACUUGCUAGGCUACAAUUGGAGGCGGGGUCCACCGGGGCUGCUGCUGCUGCUGUGCAUGUGACAAAAGCAGGAGCAGGUACAAACCAGCGCGUGUCACAGGCAGCUGCGCCACCGACACCGCCGACCAAAUCGCCAGUUCGCGGGACGACGCCAAUGACGCCAAUGUCACGUUCAGCGCCAUCAACUCAGGGGACGCCACCCACGGCACGGCCAGCAUUACGCGCGUCGACCAUCCUGCCACCCGGGUCGACAAUGACAACAACAAGCACCGGUCCCCCUUCAGUGCAGUCAGCUCCAAGCAUUAGGUCAUCACACAUAUCGUUUGCGCGGCCUAGCGACGCGUCAACCACGAGCUCGGGCUACCACCGCACAUCGGUCAACGACUGGAACAGCAGUGCCUCAUCAAUCCACUCGGCUCACCACCUGGCGCCACUUCACGAACGUGAGCGGACGCCGAGCCUCGUUAGCACCAACUCGCACGUUGCCUCGUCCUACUCGCGGUCUAGCAUCUCGAACGGUUCUGUCCCUACGAUCGUGGGCGAUGACCCGACCCGUACACUGGAGGUCGAGGACGACUACGACCAGAUGCGCGCCGCCACCAAUGGUCUCGUCGACGCCCCUUCCCAGGGCGGCCUCGGAGGCAGUCUUCCCAACAGGCCUCCAUCUCCCCGCAGGAUGAGUGAGCAGACACUGCAAGAGGCACGGCGCAAGAUUAUCGGCACACUGCUUUCCAGCACCGAGGACCUGUCGCUACAGAAUCGUGGCUCCCAGGACGAUGCUCGUGGAAUUGCCCUGUCGCAGUCGCUCGCAGCUCUGGAAGGGUCACCGUUGCUUGGAUCGAGCAAGCUUCUUUCCGACAGUCCGCGCCUCCGCCCAAUCUCUCGUGGUGCUCGCCAGAGCCUCGAGUUGCAGCAACAGCAGCAGCAGCGGUUGUCCGAGGAGGACACCACUGGUGCUGCUACUGCCACCGGCUCCCUCCCUCCUCGACCUCGCAUUCGACGUCUGAGCACCACGGGCCGCAUUGUCGUUCCUAAGCGCCCCCAGUCUCCUGCCUCGCCAAACCUCUCGCUCUCGAUGCACGGUGCGCUGAUCUCGCCUACGAUCACCAUCGAGUCAGUUUCGGGCUCGGCAGACCAGUUUGGCCGCAUGUCCAAGGAGGAGCGCAGGCGCUCGGAAGACUACGUGCGCAACGGCGUCCAGUCGGCCAACGGCAGGCUCAUGAACAUGAAGAACCACUCCAUGAUCAACCUGCCGUCGACGCACAGCCGCCGGACGUCGACGCUCAGUGGUCAUUCGCGCGACAGCAUGGUGCACGCCUCGCUGCAAGUUCUCGAGUUCUCCGAGCCAGGCCAGGACCCCGUUCGCUUCCAGCUGGGCAACUGCAUUGGGCGCGGCCAGUUCGGCUCAGUCUACCGCUCGCUCAACCUUACCACUGGACAGAUGGUCGCCAUCAAGCGCAUUCGCCUCUCUGGUAUGAAGGAGAAGGAGGUGCGCGACGUGAUGCGCGAGGUCGAGCUCCUCAAGCGCCUCUCGCACCCUGGCAUCGUCAAGUACGAGGGCAUGUCGCGCGACGACCAGUACCUGAACAUUGUUCUCGAGUUUGUGGAGAACGGCUCCCUGGGACAAACCCUCAAGGCUUUCGGCAAGUUCAACGAGCGUUUGGUCUCGUCGUAUGUCGGGAAGAUUCUUGAGGGCCUGCACUACCUUCACUCCCAGGGUGUCGUCCACUGCGAUCUCAAGUCGGCCAACAUCCUCUCGACCAAGAACGGCAACAUCAAGCUGUCCGACUUUGGCGUGUCCCUCAACAUGCGCGCCGUCGAGAACUUUGCUGAGCGCGCCAGUGUUGGCAGGGCCAACUCGGCCAAGGGCGUCAAUGAGAUUGCUGGCACUCCAAACUGGAUGGCCCCAGAGAUCAUCAAGCUCGCUGGCGCGUCGCCUGCGUCCGAUAUCUGGUCGCUGGGCUGCACCGUUAUCGAGCUGCUGACUGGCAAGCCACCGUACUCGGGAGUCGGCAACAGCAUGACUGUGCUGUUCCGCAUCGUCGAGGACGCGCUUCCCCCGCUCCCUGUUGGUGCUUCGCCCGAGGCUCUCGACUUCCUCAAGCUCUGCUUCGCCAAGGACCCGAAGCAGAGACCGACAGCCGCCAUGCUGUUCCAGCACGACUGGGUGCGCUCCAGCCUACCCGACAUGGCCAAACUUCACUUUGACUCGUUACCCUUCGUGCACCGCAUGGCGCAGAAGAGCGACAACGGCGUGCCCCGUGUCGACUCGCAGCGCAUCUUUGACACGCCGGGGGCACGCUCCGCCUCAGCGUCUCUUACCGACCUUCCGGGAGCUGCGACCACGCGUGAGCUUGAGGGCGUCGCCGAGACGUCCCGUCGUGCCCAGGCCAGCAUGGUUAGUCUUCACUCGCACUACUCACAGAGCAACACGGCCCUCGACAGCUCCAUCGCCAAGGCGCACUCCCUGGUCAAGACGAGGUUCGCAAAGUCGAUCACUUGCCACGUCUGCCUUGACGGCGUCAAGAAGGCCGCCUACCUGUGCCAGAACUGCGGCCUGAUCACGCACUCCAAGUGCGCGACGCGUGCCAACCCGCGCUGCAACCUUGCUCUCCUCGUCAGUCAGCAGGACUUGGCGCCAUCCGCCCCUUCAUCGCGCGACAACUCGCCUUAUCCCUGGGACCAGAGCGGCGGCACGACGCCUCUCACGUCGCUCCCCGCGCGUCUUUUCUCGCGCGGCAUGGGUUCCAAGUCGUCCUUGCUUGCGUCUACAACGUCGCUGGUCGACCAACCCGCCGCCGAGAAGGAGACGGCCUCUGGCUCGAGCUCGGGUGCGCGCCGCGCAUCACGCCUGUCAGCUGGCGCCGCAACCGCAGCCCGCCCUUACCCGUUCCCGACCGACCACCCGGUCCCCGAGAAGGCGGUGAGCGGGUCGCUGCGCUCGCGCCACUCGCAGACGAGCGACGAGGACGGCACCACCUCUGCCUCUGCCCCGCGCGACCGCUCGACGUCGCUCAUCCGGAUCGACGAGGACGUGCCGGCGCAGACCAACGGCGUCGGCCCACGCACCUACCCUCCUCCUAUUCAGCAUGUCCCCACCGUGCGCGUGCUGGAGCCCGGCCCCGAGGACCGCGGCAUCAGCGGCGGCCCCGCCGUGCGCCGCAAGCAGCGCCGCGAGCGCGACUCCAAGUCUGAGUGUAUCAUUGCCUAG